AUGCCCCCCCAUGGGCCCUAUAUCCCACAACAAAUGAUGGGACCCCCACCACCGCCACCACCACCACCACCACCACCACCACCACAUCAUCACCAUCACCAUCAUGCUCAUCAACAUCAAAAUCAACAUGCUCACCAACACCAACAACACCAACACCAGCCCUCUUAUCCGCCACAUCCUCAGCAUGUUCUCCCGUACUCUCAACACCCGCCGCCUCACCCCUCCCAGGCACAGGACUACCGCCCGCCCCAUUUCCACCAACCUAACCGCCCUUUGAUAGUAUCAACUCCGGCUUCCUAUAUCCCCCAAUAUCCUAUCAUUCCUCAUCAUAUGCCGAAUACCUUUUACCGCCCUUCACAUCUACAACCAAACGUCCCGCCGUAUUAUCCCCCGCAGGAAAUCCACCAACCCCCUGCUGAUAUCCCAUCUCCUGCCUCCCUCCCCCGAGAACCUGUCGUUUCGAACCCAGCCUCGAGCCCCGCUCAGUCUACUAAGCCGAUAGAAGAGUCGUGCGAGACGAAAUAUGGAACGCCCACGUCUCCUUCACCAAUACUAUAUUCUCCUAUGGUCCCAAUCGUCGUACCGCUACAGGAAGGUCAUGAACUUAACCCUUUGCGGCUCCCUUGGUUUUCAGCUCCCAACAAACCGUUCCCUUUUAGGAAGCCUAAAACUCUCAAAACCAAGGAUACUGUUCCUCAAAAAACCACUCCUCCGGAUCCCAAUGGCCUCUUGGCCACUAGGCCUAGUACGUCGGAUUCUCCGUUAGGGAAUAUGAUCUCUCUUACGACUGAAACAAAAGACAAUUUUUUUGCAGAGUUGGAAUCCGAUGAACAGAACACGGUCAUUGGAUCAGAUAUUGCUACCUCACUUUCCACGGAUAGAGCUUUGAAAUUGGCGAAUACCUCAGCAUCCCCAGUUCCAACAAUUCCGGUCGUUCCCUUCAUCCCAGCUAUCCACAAGCCACGGAAAAGCGCCGAUGCUACACCCGUACCCAGUGACUUGGAAAGAGCCCAAGGGUUUGCCAGAGAGACUGAAGCGCUCGAAGAUGUUAAGGAAAACGGUGCACAAACGGCAACGGAAGAUCAACCCCCGCCACCACCCCCGCCUAAAUCCUGGGCAGAUCUUGUCCGUUCUAAAGCUGCCAAAAUAUCUACUACUCCCAACCCCUCUGUUUUUCCCAGCACAAACGGUUUAUCUAUUGCAUCUGGGAAUCUUGGGGACACUCAGGCGCGUACACUCGCCGAGGUUUUACAAACAUUCGAUAUAACUCAGCUAAGGGGCUCCGGUUCAGGAUGGAAGGUACCUUUGAUGGAACCCCGUGGGUUAAUAAACACUGGUAAUAUGUGUUUUAUGAACUCGAUAUUACAAGCAUUAUUGUUCUGUGGGCCUUUCUUCUUGUUUCUCGAUGCAGUCAGCAGAAAGGUCGCGCACAAUUUCAAAAAUGAAACACCUCUGAUUGAUGCUAUGAUCAUGUUUAUGCGCGAGUUCCGACGAGUUACUCCAGGCUCCCUUUUGUCAAGUGACAGUCCCAUCUCGGAUAUGACGUUAUCCGGAGACCCGUUUGUCCCUGAAUAUGUUUACGAAGCGGUCAAGGGCCUAAAGCGGUUUAGUUCCAUGAGGCGUGGCCAUCAACAAGACGCGGAAGAGUUUCUCAAUUUCUUUCUUGAUGUUCUGCACGAGGAGUGUGUCGCAGCAAUAAAAUCUGGAGAGGGAUCGAAGCAAGGAAGUGCUGCUCAUCCUAAUCAUACAGCCACCCCAUCCCAAGAAGAUGACUCGGGCUGGUUAGAAGUCGGCCACAAGCAAAAAACAACUAUUACGCGCAACAUUGGGCAUAUUAGUGGAAUAUCCCCCGUCACAAAGAUUUUCGGAGGGCAAAUGAGAAACGAAUUGAGAAUCUCUGGCCAACGAAGCAGCGUGAUGCGGGAGCCGUAUCAAUCCCUACAGCUUGACAUACAGAAUAGCAACAUUCACAGCAUCGUUGACGCUCUUCGUCAAAUUAGUAUUCCGGAACAGCUUCAAGGUGGUGACUUCAAAUCUGCUCGCGGGGCAAGUGCAUCCGCGACCAAGCAGGCAUUCAUCGAUAGCCUUCCACCAGUACUAAUUCUCCACCUUAAGCGUUUCCAAUAUAACAAUACAGGCGGAACGCAGAAAAUUUGGAAGAGCAUAGGCUAUCCUCUCGAUCUCGAAAUACCUAGCGAAGCUCUUAGCCCCACCCGUAGGACAUCUGCCCAACCAGCUCGAUACAAGCUUACCAGCGUCGUUUACCACCACGGAAAGAGUGCCACGAACGGACACUACACGGUUGACGUGAAAAGACAGGAUGGUUGGAUCCGUAUAGAUGAUACAGUCGUCAAGAGAAUCACCGGAAAUGAUGUAGUUGUGCAUGAUGGCCUUUACAAUUUAGAAUCUCGCAAGAGAGUUGUCAGCGAAGAGAAUGGCUGGAAGGAAGUUAACUUUGCGACAAAAGUCAGUGGCAAGGCCAUGACCGCAACCAACAAUUCUUCAAGGGAUGACAAGGUAGCAUAUCUGUUGUUCUACGAAUUGCAGUGA